UCACAACAAAACUCUCUCUUAGCAAACAUAAAUAUCAAAGAAGUGAAAGGAAGAUGAGUUGCGAGACAAAGAAAGAGCAGUGGAUCCAAAUCCAUGAUACAACAACACCUUGUGUGAUUAAUUUUGGAAAACAUGCUGUGGAUGACCACAACAAAGAAAAAGGAGAUAACCUUGUAUUCAAAAAGGUUAUAAUCGGAUGGUAUUUGGAGAUAGAUUAUAAUAAAACAAAGCUUCGUCUUAUUAUUGAAGUAGUAAACAGUAAGGGAGAAGUAAUAACAUUCGAAGUAGUUAUUGUGGUAGAUGAUAAAGAUGGAAAAACAGUGAAGACAGUCAUUUCAUUUGUUCCUGGGCAUAUAGAUGAGAAGAAUCCAUGGACAUUUUGGAUUAAAAUUCAUAAUGUUACCGAGCCUCAUGUGCAAGAAAUUGCAAAGUUUGCAGUGGAAGAGCAUAACAAGAUUACUCAUGACAAUCUUAUAUACAUUUGCAUCAUUGAAGGCUGGUAUCAUGUGUCGACUAUUCCACCUGUUACACUAUGGAAACUUCAUCUUAAGGCCAAGGAUUGCUUGGGACGUGUGCGGGAGUACGAAGCUUUGGUCAAAGAAGAGAAACUGCUGCCUAAGCACGUUCUGAAACUUGAACAUUUCAUAGUUAUACCAAAGAUAUGUUGAAAACUUGCUACAUAUGUGGGUUCUUUUAUGUUAUGUGACGCCCUUGACUAUAACUAUACAUAAAUAGUCAAGUGCCUUAAUAAAAUAAAGCUUUUUAAAAUAUAUAUUACCACUACAAGAAAAGAAGGUAUUAUAGCGGUUUAUAAUUUAGUAUAUAGUAAUGGAUUAUAAACGUUGCCACAUCUAUAGCAGCGGUCUAGUAACUGCUGACAAAAGCGGUGUUGAGAGCUCAAUUGCAAUGAUUUAUUUACUCUA